CGCAAUUAAGUGGUGCCUAUUUAAAAUGCUUCGCAAACUCGUUAAUUUACGCAAUUACCUCCCGUUAAAUUGUCUCAAAAUCGGCAUUUCUGCUUUGCAAAAACAUUUGGUUAAUCAGAUACACAUGUUUGGCCCAAUUACCAUUGCUGAAUAUAUGCUAAAAGCCUUAACACAUCCAACAAUGGGCUAUUACACACGGAAGAAUGUACUUGGAAAAAAAGGUGAUUUCAUAACGUCUCCAGAAAUUAGUCAAAUAUUUGGGGAGUUGAUCGGGGUAUGGGUGUAUCACGAAUGGAGGGAGCAGAACUCUCCCGAGAAUAUUCAGAUAGUCGAGCUAGGCCCUGGACGGGGAACGCUAUUUUGUGAUGUUUUGAGAGUAUAA